AAGAGGGAAGGAACACUCUAUUACUCUCUCUUGUAUAAACAGACCCUGGUACUGGACUAAUACUACAUGAUCCUGAGAAGGCUUAAAGAUUAAGCUGCAGUUAAUGAAAACAUUCAGAGGCAUUGUGUUGGGAUUACAGACAAGUUUCAUCAUGACAGCCUAUAACAAAUUGGGGAACAUAAUAUCUCAACAAGUCAGUGGCCACCAAAGGAUUUGUCUCAGUGAAAAAGAUUAAGUUUAACAGUAUUGCUCAGUAUAAUAAUCGCAAUGAAAAAAGCUGAGUUGGUGAAGAGAAACUCAAGUUCCAUGAUUUCCCCGACCCAAGAAACGUUGACGGAGCAGUCCCCUGUCGAAGCUCCACCUGUGUUCCUCCGAAAGCUGAAGUGGGCUGCUGUUGCUACAGGAUGUGAUGUCCGUCUGAGGGUGUCUGUGGGAGGCAGCCCGAGACCCACACUGCAUUGGUACCAUAAUGAGGACCCUUUGAUAAAUGAUCAUGAGGAUUAUGACGGAUUGUGGAUACGCGAUUGUAAGCAAGCUGAUGGAGGUCUCUACACCUGUGUGGCUGUUAAUCACCUGGGUGAAGCUAGGACCAGUGCUGUCCUUGCUGUGCUGGACCUUGGAGAAGAGAGCUGGGCAUUCUAGCUGGACGUUUGGAAGAUUCACUCAUGUGAAGUUUUUCGCUUGUGCAGGAAGCAAAGCAAUGACUCAAACAGUACAGAGGAUGAAAGUGCAGAGCCUCAGGUCUCCAUGGAGAUGAAGGAACAGUUCAUGCCCCCCCAGGGCGAAGCAAUCAACAGUCAACCCACCGGCAGGGGGAGAGCAGUGCUUUCCCAUAUCCCAGGUGAUGGUCCAGUAGUGGAGAGGGAGAUGCAAACCCUGGGCUCUAGAGCUCCUGGUCUUCAGGAUCCCUUGUCACCUAGCAGGCAAGCAAAUGCUGGGGACCAGUUGGACUUUAUAAAAAGGGAAACAUCUCCAUUUGUCCAAACCCAGCCAUUCCAAAAUGCUCAAGGUCCCAUUACCCUAAGUGAUGUAGAGCCAACAACUGAUACAACAACUGCCCAUGAUGGCACCAAAACAGCCAUAAAUGGAGCUGAGCUACCUAUUAAAAUCUCAAGCUCAGCUCCAUCUCAAAGCAGUGGUUCCCAAGAUAAAUCCUCCUUCCAAACUCCAAAAGCAUCACAGGCAAGCUCCAAAAUCUUAGACAAAGUGAGGGCUUUUGAGGAACAAAGACACAGCAGUAACAUACCAAAGGUGUCUUCAUCAAGACUAUCAUGGGGCUUCAGUCGAACAUCAUCUUGCAAUUCUGAGGAUAGUAGAAGUAAAUCUGGAAAGCUCCAAGACAACUCCAAGAGUGAUGUGGCACUCAAGAGGUCUUUCUUCAAGCAGAAAUCAUCCUCUCUGGAGGAACAGUCAACCUAUGUACAGAAACAUUUUCAAAGUAAACUCUCAGAAGAACUUCACAGAAUAAAAAAACUUGUUGGAAAGUCCAAUAUCAAGAAAGCCUUUUCAAUGGAUCAGCUCACCCAGACUGACAAGCAGUCCACUGGAAAUAAUGAUUCAGUUCCAGCCCAGGUAAUUCAGAAGGUUAAAGAGACUACUAAUUCAAGGGAUUUACCAGAAUCAAAAGAAAGAUGGUCAGCCUUACCAAACGAGGAAUCACCACAACUACAGAAAAAGAAACUGGGAGAUGAAUCAAAACAGCCUGAAAGGAAAUCGCCUCCUGAUAUUACAGAAAACCAGUGGAGGAAACAUUCUAAGCCCAGGCGGCUGUUGGACAGGCACGUCAUCAAUGAAAAGGUCACUUUCAGUAAAAUACCAGGACAGUGUUCACCAAUGGUGCAAAGGACAAAUAUGUCCAGCAAAUUACCAAAAUCACCUGUAGAAAUUCCACCUGCUCAACCCACAAUGCAAGGGGAUUUGGUGCAAGCACCCCAAAAACCUCCAAGGUUGUUUGGUUCAAUUUCUGUGCUCCCAAAGUCUUUUAAGGAAAGAGAGGAGAAAAAAGACUCAUCACUUAUACCUAAAAUGACCAUACCUACAAUUGUGGUUGAAAAUAAGCCUGUGGAUGAAGAGGCACAUAAAGCAGAGAAAUGUAGAAAGGAAGUUAACAAACAUGAAGGAAAAAUAACCAGAAGAAACAGAGAAGAUCCAUCAUAUGAUUCCUACAUGUCUAUGGAAGAGGACCCAGCAGAGGCCCCCAUGUCUGAACCUCCACUUAAGAAUGAAGUGGUAGCUGCUGAAUCAGUGGUGAUGCUUCAGUGCGUCAUGAAGGGAAAACCUGUUCCCAAAGCUCCUGCUGAGUCAUCUCUGAUAAUUACCAGACCAAUGCAGGAUGUGAAGGUCAAGGCAGGAGAGAUAGCCUUAUUUGAAUGUUUCAUAACUGGGCCACAGACUGUGGAUGUUGAUUGGCAGGCCAAUGGGAAGCUGAUACAGCCAGCGCUAUUUGAUUGCAAGAUGCAAUUUGAUGGACACCGAUGCCGUCUUCUGUUCAAAUCUGUGCAUGAAGACGACAGUGGGAACUAUUCUUGCAAAAUCAGUUCAACAAAAGAAGAGCUCAUUUGCACAGCUAAUCUUCUGGUGAUUCCAUCUAAGGAGCCACUCUUUACACGGAAACUGGAAGCACUGGAGGCUACCGAGGGCCGUUCUGCACAAUUUGAUUGCAAAGUCAGUGGAUCUCCCCCUCCUGAAGUCAACUGGACUCAUUGUGAACAACCUGUGGUGGAGAGUGAUAAUAUUCGCAUUCUCAAAGUAAAUGGGCGUCACGCUCUGUUCAUCACUCACGUUAACAAAGAGAGCGAGGGCCUGUACACAGUAUUUGCGCGAAAUGUUCAUGGAGAAGCAAAAAGCUCAGCUGAACUCCAUGUACAGGAACCACGACCAGCCAUAUCUACUCACAUGUCAAGGUUAGAGAAGAUGCCAUCAAUCCCUGAGGAGCCUGAGGUAUUUGAGGGAGAGGUGGAACACAGGACAAUGCCAGACUUCAUAAAACCUCUCAGUGACCUGGAAGUAGUAGAAGGGAAAGAAGCAGUAUUGAAGUGCAGAGUGACAGGCCUUCCAUAUCCCCAAAUUAUUUGGUACCACAAUGGCAUGAAGAUAGAGAGCUCUGAUGACAGAAGGAUGAUACAGUACAGGGAUGUUCACAGUCUGGUCAUUAAUUCUGUGUGUCAUGGCCACAGUGGUGUGUAUAAAUGUGUCAUCUCCAAUAAGGUGGGAAAGGCUGUCUGCUAUGCUCAUUUAUAUGUUGCAGUUAGCCUUCCUGAGCCACCUGAUGGUCCUCCAGUAAUUGAAUCCGUAACUGGGAGAACAGUCUCACUGAGCUGGAAAAUACCAAAAAACCUAGACCCAUCCAUAGAUCCUGCUUCACUUAUGUACAUUGUUCAGCAACAAGCUCUAGGCUCCACCCAGUGGACAACUAUUGCCUCCAGCCUCAAAGACACCUCUUAUACAGUCACCUCUCUUUCUAAAGGAGUGUGUUAUUCCUUCAGAGUCCUUAGUACUACUGGAAAAGCAUCCAGCAAACCCUCACAGCCCACUGACCUGGUCCAGCUCUAUGACAGAGGACGGUAUUUACACAAACCUCCAGUCAUUCUGGACAAGCCUGAUAUUUUGUAUGUGGUUGAGAACCAGCCUGUCACCAUCACAAUAACCCUUAAUCAUGUCCAAGCAACAGGCACAUGGAAAAGAAGGGGAGUGGUGCUUCUCAACAAACCUGAUGCAUUAGAGAUGACCAUGCCUGAUGACGACCAGCAUGCCCUACACAUUGCCAAAGUGAAAAGCACGGAUGUAGGUCAGCUGAUCUUCAUGGCAAACAACCAGUAUGGCAGUGACCUCUGCACUCUGCAGCUGGCAAUGGCAGUGCCACCUUCAUUUGAGACCAUCAUGGAGGACUUGGAUGUGUGUGUGGGGGAAACAUCUCGUUUUGCUGUGGUUGUAGAUGGGAAACCUGACCCUGAUAUCUUUUGGUACAAGGAUAAUAUCCUUCUGGCAGAGAGCAGUCAUUUUACCUUUGUGUAUGAUGACAGAGAGUGCUCACUUGUGGUUCUCAAUGCUCAGCCUGAGGAUGAAGGGGUCUACACUUGCACUGCAAAAAAUCAGGCUGGGUCAGUGUCCUGUAAGGCUGAGCUUACUGUUCAUACUGCCAAAAAUGUGGAGGAGGAGGAAGAGCAAAUGGAAGAUGAAGGCACAAUUCUACGGAGGAUGCGUAGGCUGACUGAUUACUAUGACAUUCACAAAGAAAUUGGCAGAGGGGCUUUUUCAUACAUCAAGCGAGUGACACAGACAAAUGGGCAAAUAUUUGCAGCAAAAUUCAUUUCAUUACGGGCACAGAGAAAAGCUUGCGCUCUGAAAGAGAUGACCCUCCUGUCAGAGUUAGACCAUGAGAAGAUCAUCCACUUCUAUGAUGCAUUUGAAAAGAGGCGUGUAGUGGUCAUCAUUACUGAACUGUGCCACGAAGAGCUUUUGGAAAGAAUAACAAAAAGAACAACCAUCUUAGAAUCUGAGGUUCGGUCUAUCAUACGGCAGCUACUUGAGGGUAUCGACUAUCUUCACCAGAAUGACAUAAUUCACCUUGAUAUAAAGCCUGAAAAUAUCCUCAUGGCAGACCAAAAAAGUGAUCACAUUCGUAUUUGUGAUUUUGGCAAUGCUUUGAAAGUCAAACCAAAUGAAGAACUGUACUGCAAAUACGGCACUCCAGAAUUUAUUGCUCCUGAGAUUGUAAACCAGUCACCCAUCUCUAAAUCUACAGAUAUUUGGCCAGUGGGUGUCAUAACUUACUUAUGCCUAACAGGAGUUUCUCCAUUUGCUGGAGAAAAUGAUCGUGACACUUUGCUGAACAUCAGGAACUAUAAUGUUGCAUUUGAGGAGAGCAUGUUCAAAGACCUUUGCAGAGAAGCAAAAGGAUUCAUCAUAAAGCUCCUUGUAGCAAGCAAACUGAGACCUGAUUCCACAGAAUGUCUUCUUCAUCCUUGGUUCAAGUCACUGGUAAAGGGAAAGAGUAUCAACACAACAUUACAUAAGCAAGUGUUAGCCAGACGGAAAUGGCAGUGUUCACUCAUUAGAUACAAAUCUAAAAUGGUGAUGAGAUCCAUAUCAGAGUUGCUGGAUGACUCUUCAAGCCAUGUGUCCCUUGCUGUGCCCAGAAACCUUAAAGAUGGUUCACCACCUCCAUCGUCAUCCUCCGAUUCAGAUGAGGACAUCGAUGAACUUCCUUUCAUCCCUAUGCCUCACACAAUGAUGUUCUCUGGAUCAAGGAUGUCACUGACUGAGAUCCAUGAGGAUGAUGUUGAUGUCAUUAGAGGAUCCAAUGAGUCCUACCAAAAAAACAAUAAUCAGCUGGAGGACAUCACAGAAUGUCAGACAACUGAUGGACAGAAGGAUGUAGACCACCUGGAGAUUGCAGAAAGGACUGUGAACUUGAAGGAAUCAUUGCAAAGGGGUUCCAGUGUAGAAGCUGAACAGGUAGCAGGCAAAUCCAGAAGAUCGCUAAUGCGAAGAGGGAGUUCUGCUGAUAGUGCGCUUCUUCUACAGAUCACACCUGAAGAUGGUAAUAUGAACGACACUACAGAGGAAGGCCAAAAGCACAUGAAAAAGGCAGUUUCCAUGGAGCUGCCACACAGGAGCAAUAGUCAAGACAGGAGGAUGAGUAAGGAAGAUUAUGCUCUAAAACUGGAUCUUAUGCGGCAGAGGUUGCUAAGGGGAGGCACUGUUGACAAGAACAUGAGUGGUCUUCGUGGCCCCCUGCUUGAGACACUGGGUGUUGAUAAUGAGAGGCAAACUGCUUCUUUGGAUCGUAACUUUAGACGUGCCAAGUUGAGUGCUUCAGAAGUUCCUCGGGCAUUCUCCUCCGACUGCCCUGAGGAUACUUGUCCAAAUACUGCAUUCAGGAAAAGGUCUUCUUUAAGGGACGGAAACUCUGAGUCAAUUUCACUACAUAGGAGGUCUGGAGCCCCACUAAAGAUUCCCUCCAUUUCUUCUGGGGACCAUAACUUGUUGGAAGCCACAUCUGCUCUUUCAGAGCAAACAAAGGAUGGUCCAAAGCCUGUGUUUCCAAGAGAAAUUUCUUCCAAACCACCAACUCCAGACAUAGAAAGUAAACAGGCAUCUAAGGAAGAGGCUAUUGGUGCCUUGCAAAUUAUGAAUACAUCUCAGCCUGCAUCUAUAUUAGAUGACAGUGAUAAGAAGGUAAAGAUGGAAGAGCACAUGUUCUCUGAAGACUGUGUGCCAGGAAAGAUAAAUAAAAGUACUGAAUCUUUUCUUGAUAUACUUCCACAUGACAUAUCCUCAAAUUAUUCCAGUAAAUUGCAGUUAAAUGGCAAAAAGGCAUUAUCUGUCACAGUGUUACCCACCCCUAUCUUGAAAUUCUCAGAGCCAGAUAUUCAGCCUACCACUGGACAUACAGUUGUUUAUGCUUCUGCUCCCUCUGCAUAUCACCCAACUCUCAGAACUGAUAUUAAAAAUAUUGACUCAGAGGAAAUUUUUGAGGCAAGGUUUAAGAAGAGGGAAUCAUCUUUGACACAUGGCCUAAAACGAUUGACAAGGACCAAGUCUGAAGAAAACUCACCUGUUCUCCCACGGAAAUCAAAUGAAGAGGUUUAUCGACCUCGCCCUGUAGGUGCCCCAUUGGAGUUUGGACCUAGAGGAUUAAAGGAAAAAUCCAAGUCUGUCCAAGACCUCAGGGAGGUGGAGAAGGAACCCGGCCUAGGACUUAUUGGAAGAUUCUCUAUGCGUGCAAGGAAACUGCAACCAAAAAAAGGGAAAGAGGAGACCUCAGAUUAUGUAGCUAACAGACGACGUGUUACCUGGGCAAUGGGACGUAGUAAGUCCCUAGACAAAAAAGAAGUUGAGAUAGGAAGCUCUGAUAACACUAUGGAUACAAAGAAAGAAAAUCUUGAAAAAAAUAGUAAGAAGGUUGCUGAAUCACCUGUCCUUGCAGUGCGACAUAAAUUUGAAUCUAAUGUUUCAGGGAUAUUUGAUAGAGUGCAUAGUAAGUCAAAAGACAUUAAGGACAAGGAAACUAAACCUCACGGUGAUGAAGAAACUCUAAAAGAAGAGAAGCAAGACAUAAAGAAAAUCAGUGAUUCACCAGUUCUGGCACUGCGAAGAAAGUUUGAGUCAAAAGUAUCUGGAUUUUCAUUAAGAAAACAAAGUCAGUCUGACAAGAGCGAGGGAGAGAAGGAGGUUAAAAAUGAAGGAAAGAAAACACCUUUGUUCUCUCGUCAUCGCCGCUCUCAAUCUGAUGGGCUCAUUCACCAGAGUGUGAAUAAUCCAGAGAACCAAGUUCCCUCACAAACUGCUUCUACAUCAUCCAAAGAGACACUGAUCUCCACCUCUAGUUCACACUCUAUACAAUCCUCUCAGACUCCUGAAACUGAAAUCAGGUCUAGGUGGGACAGAUGGGGUUUGUCUAGAGGCAAGAGAGACAGGACACCAUCAAAAUCAAAUGCACCUGAAAUUCCGAAGGAAGAUUUUCCUCCAGUUUUCCAUAUUACACUAAAGGAUCAUGUUUUUCUUGAAGGAAAUCCAGUGACUCUUAGUUGUCUUCCAGCUGGUAGUCCUGAGCCAAAAAUAUUAUGGAUAAAAGAUAAGAAACCUUUGGAGAUUAAUGACAGAAUGAGCUUAGUGGCCUGCCCAGAUGGAAGGCAACUUUUGAUGAUCAUGAAGACCUCUAAGAAGGAUGCAGGGAUAUAUGAAUGUGUCGCCUCUAAUAACCUGGCCUCUGCUACUACUUCAUGUAUACUGUCCAUAGCCUGUGUUCCAAAACGACCAGGAACCCCAGAGAUUCCACAGAUAUAUAAUAACACUGCUCUGGUGCAAUGGAAACCAUCAGACUCCAAAGUUCCUUGCACGUACAUACUUGAGAGGAAAUGUGAUGGUGAUGAUAAGUGGGUGAAUGAAGCUACAAGCGUGACUGAUUGUUUCUACAAUUCCUCUGUACUUCCAACUGGUUCUACCAUCCAAUUCCGUGUGGCAUGUUUAAAUAAAGCGGGCCAAGGUCCAUACAGUAAUGUAUCAAAGGCAGUGAGAAUUAACGUUGAAGUGCCACCGCUCCACCAUCCUGCUGAAAUGAAGACACAUCCCUCACCUCCUUUUUCUGUUGCUGCUGUGACUACAUCUGCUUCUACAUUAGCAGAACCAAGUGUUAGUCAGUCCAUUAGUCCUAUUCCUGCACAGUCUGGUGAUGUCACAAAUACUUCCUCUGAGGUGCCCGUUUCUCACUUUUGCCCAAAGACGUCAAUCCAUCCUCUUGUUCACCCCAAGCCAGCAAGCACUAUCAACAUGGUUCCCCCUGUUACCCAAACCCAGACUGUAUCUGCAAGGUCAUACACAGCUCCACCCUCCAUAGGCAGAUCAAUUUCCCCUGUCCCUUUGUAUGUUCCAGCCACUUGUUCAGUUGCUUCCUCCCCUAUCUCUCCUCCUGUGAUCUUGGUCAGCAGUAUCAGUCCAGUAGGAGAAGAAGCAAGCUCACCCACACCAGAGACACCUAUGGAAAGAGUGGUAUCCUCCACCAAAACUGAGACCACUUUGAGGCAAGGAGUUCCUCAGAAACCAUACAGCUUCUUGGACGAGAAAGCAAGGGGUCAUUUUGGAGUGAUAAGGGAUUGCCGAGAAAACUCAACAGGCAAGAUGUUUAUAGCAAAGAUUAUUCCCUAUGAUCAGCAGACCAAGCAAGUGGUCAUAAAGGAGUAUGAGAUCCUCAAGUCCCUCCGUUGUGAAAGAAUCAUGGCCCUACAUGAAGCCUAUAUCACACCUCGCUACCUUGUACUCAUAACAGAGUACUGCACAGGCAAAGAGAUCCUGUAUAGUCUCAUUGACAGAUUUUGUUACUCUGAAGAUGAUGUAGUGGGUUUCAUUGUCCAGAUUCUUCAGGGUUUAGAAUAUCUCCACAACUGCCGGAUUCUUCAUCUGGACAUUAAGCCAGACAACAUCAUGGUCACCAACCUCAAUGUGAUUAAGAUCAUAGAUUUCGGCAGUGCUCAAAGGUUUAACCCCUUAUCCCUCAAACAGUAUAGCAGAGAACUUGGGACUCUGGAGUACAUGGCUCCAGAAUUGCUGAAAGGGGAUCUAGUAGGACCCCCAGCUGACAUCUGGAGUUUGGGAGUUCUUUCCUAUAUUAUGCUCAGUGGUAGACUUCCUUUCCAAGACAAAGACCCAAAACUGACAGAGACCAAAAUCCAUGCCGCAAAGUUUGACUCAACUAAGCUCUACCCAAAGGUUUCCCAAAGUGCCUCCACUUUUUUAAAGAAGACAUUAACUGGCUAUCCAUGGUGUCGACCCACCAUUAAGGACUGCCUCAAUCAUUCAUGGCUUCAUGACUCAUAUCUAAAGAAGCUGCGUCGACAGACCUUGACUUUCACUACCACACGGCUCAAAGAAUUCCUGGAGGAGCAUCAGCGCAGAUGUGCAGAGUCAGCUACUAAACACAAGGUCCUCCUGAGAGUCUACCAGAGUGGGUCUUCAUCCCCAGCCUCACCAACCAAGCCUAGCACUGAAGAACAACAUUGACUU